UCUCUCCUAAUAUCAGGUAAACUUGACACAGGUGUUGUCGGUUGUCAGUUAUGGCGGUUAAACUUUUACCUGUGUGAAAUGAUCGUUUAUUUAACUGAUGACAGCCAUGACGGAACCGACAGAAAACGGCGUUACUGACAGAGCCGUGGAGCCGGUGGAGUCCGAACCGGCGGCUGUUAAAGACGAAACUUCACUCGUGGAAACUUUUGAAAACACCUUGGAACUAUCACAGGAUGUGAAGCUGACAGAGGAAAAGGGCAGCAGAGAGAAGCUGGAGCAGGAAGACGGACAGACAAUCUGUCUACCUGCAGCUGAAACCUUCACCUCUGAGUCAAAGUGGGAGGUUGGAGCUCCCUGUCAGGCUGUGUGGUCAGAGGACGGGCUGGUCUACCCGGCAACCGUGGUGUCUCUGGACGCAGAGCGCUGUAGAGUUCAUUUCAACAGCUAUGGCAAUGAGGAGGACGUGGAACUGAGCGCACUCCAGAGACUGAGAGCAGCCCCGUGCACGCAGAGACAGAGCGCCCAGGACUGGAGUCCUGGUUCUCGGUGUCGGGCGGUGUAUUCAGAGGAUGGUCUGGUUUAUCCAGCCAUGGUUCUGUGGGUCAAAGGUCAGCGAUGCCGCGUUCGAUUUGACGACUACAACAAUGAGGAGGAGCAGGACAUCAGCAGCCUGCUGAACCCAGAUGAGCUCCACGGAGCCAGCAGAUCCACCACCAAGGGCAGCAGCUGGAAGUCAAUUUCAAUCAAUAACUCUGACUGGAAGAGGGGGAGGAGAGAGGAGAAGCAGGAGGAGAGGAGGGGAGAGAGGAGGGACGAUCAUAGCUUCUCCUGGCAGGGGAAGGAGAGACCUGGUCCUCAGAGUAAAGAGAGAGAAGAGAAGAAGAGAGGACACCAACAGAGAGAAGAAGCAGAAAAACCAACCAAUCACAGCUUCUCUCUCUUUCCUCCGUUUCCUCCUCCUCCUCAGUCGAGCUCAGGGGACCCCCUGUCGUUCAUCCCCCCUCCCCCUCCUCCUCCUCUCUGGACGUUUGGAGGGAAAGAGUCCAGCAGCUCCACGGGAGUCGACUCCACCUCCAGCAUGUUGAUGCUCUGGUACAUGUGUGGUUUCCACACUGGCAGCUUCAUGGCUCAGCAGCUGCUCAGGUCGACCUCUAAAGACUGAGAGCCAGAGAGGAUCAUGGGAGGAAAAGCUCCUGGGACUUUCGUCGUCUUUCACAGUGAACUUGUACAUUUUUGUUUUUGAUAUUUUAAAAUAAUUGUUUGUUCCGAGUUGAUUGUUUCCAUGGAGACACUGCUCUAGUUUGGUCCAACGGACGUAGUUUGUGUUGAGAGUUCAGAUGUUGUUUUGCUUGUGUAGAGUUUUAUUGAGGGUCUGUGUAUCACUGAAACUCUGCUGUUAGAAAUGAAAUGAAGACAUUUUGUUAUUAAAGAAAAGAUGGACGA